AUGGAGCAGUUUACCAUGGUAGAGGAAUCUGAUCCUAGUGGAGGUGGAAUGGGAUAUAGAGUUGGAAAGACUACUUUGAUCCAGAAAGUCACUCAAGCUCUAAAAUCCUCAGGCAUUCCCAUUGAUGGAUUUUACACAGAGGAAGUUAGAGAAGGUGGCAGGAGAACAGGAUUUGAUGUAGUCACUUUAUCUGGAAAACGAGGACCUUUAUCUAGAGUGAGUUCUGAUUCUUCUACUUCAAGACGUGAAUGUCGGGUGGGACAGUACGUUGUAGACAUUGUUUCAUUUGAGCAGCUGGUUCUACCUAUGCUGAGAAAUGUAAACCAUGGCAGUGAUGCAGAGAAGAAAAUUUGUGUCAUAGAUGAGAUUGGUAAAAUGGAGCUCUUCAGCCAGGCUUUUAUACAAGCUGUUCGUCAAACGCUGACUGGCUCAGGGACCGUGGUGCUUGGAACUAUUCCCAUACCUAAGGGAAAGCCACUGGAUCUUGUUGAAGAAAUAAGAAGCAGGAAAGAUGUUAAAGUGUUCAACGUUAGUAAGGAAAACAGAAACAGCAUUUUGCAAGACAUCUUGGCAGCUGUAGAAUCCUGCAGAAAAUGAAGACCUUUUCUUGCCUGUAAACACUAAAGCUUUUCUUUUCACAAAACAUUACAACAUUUUGUGGAUGUUUUAAAGUCUGUCCUUCCUGCUUUAGGCCCUGGGGGCUUUACUGGAUCCUCUCUUCAGUUGCAGUAUGAGAAGGGUUACCUGGAAUUUUAAGGAAACUUCCUGUAGUCCCAAGUGAAAUUUAUAGAAUUCUACUUCAUGAGGAAAAGUGACC